AUGGGUAUGUCCCUUCGCGAAAACCUCGUCGGAGGUUUCAUUUCUGGGCUUGUGUUCCAAGGCAUGCUCCUCGGUUCAAUUACCAUUCAGGUCUUCCUCUAUCACCGCAGAUUCCCUGAGGACCCUAUCUUUUUGAAACUUGUGGUCGCGUUCUUAUGGAUAGUUUCGAUCUGGGCAUUCAUUUUCCGCUUCAGUCUUCUGGCGAAAUCUACAGCAUGGUAUGAUACUGUCUAUCAGAUUUCUGCGACUAUUUGUUCCAGCGUCGUCCAACUUUAUUUCGCCCUUCGCCUUUAUCGAUUGAGUGAAUCAACCUGGCUACCAAUGCUGAUCACCCUCUUGACCCUUGGGCAAGUUGCGGUCUGGGCCGAAGCAAAUAUCAACCGCGGUGUUGAGAGCUCGAUUCUCCAUGAACGCCACCUCGUGACAGUUUGGCUAACACUGGAGGCAGCGGAAGACCUCUUGAUCGCCUUCGCUAUGACAUACUUCCUCCAGAAGCGUCGCACAGGGUUUCGGCUGACGGAUAGGGUGUUACGAAAAUUAACAGUAUAUGCCAUCAAUACUGGCCUGCUGACUAGUGUUCUGGCGUUGGCCGUCAUGUUUGCUGUAGCCCUGAUGACUUUUGGGCAGUUUGUAUUCUACGGCUUCCACUACAUCCACAUGAUUUUCAUCCUGCUUUACAUUGUAUUAUACUUCUUAGCCGCUCGGAGGUGUCUACACAGCUACCCUUUUGGCAAAUCUACAUUCGCGCUCGAGACUUCGAGAAGAGCUUUCUUGCGGAGAAAACGGGAUUUCAAUACAUAUAUCCCACCUUCCUUCAAAGGGAGCAUCUCCGUCACCGGGCGCGGAUUUCUUGCGUCUAUCGUAGAUGGGGAUGGAGACAGAGCAGUGGGUGAAUCCGAACCCUCUCUUUUGAGCAUGUGUCAGUGA